AGUCAACCAGCGUGGUGUGAAGCAGCUGACUCCAGUGGCCGGUCUGGUGGUGCUUUUGGUGCUGUGUCAACGAACUGCACGACGGCGUGCUGCAAAGGGAUACACACGGGGAAUAGUAUACACACCACACAGGGAGAGGCGUUACUGCCCCUGGAGGCUCUGGUUGGUACUGGUCAGCUCGUCAGAACAUCAGUGCGAUGCAGAUUACGGGCGUGACCAGGGACGGGAGUGACGGAGGAGCAGCAGAGGAGGACACGCUGACGCCCUUUCUGACGCCCCAGCAUCUUGCCAAGACCCCCGCACAGUCCUUCUUCAGUGUGAUCAAUUCUAGGCCCUCGAGGAGCAUUGCGCGCCACUACAGCCUCCAGGACUCGCUCGACCAGUACCACGACGCCUACUCCACCCUGACGCGGCUCCAUCACACCAACGGCCACGCCUCGGCCUCUAUCCACGCCCUGCCCGCCGCCAGUAGGGGAGGCUACCGACCACUAGACUCGGAACCAUCCACCUACACUUUCGAUGGGGCUGCGGGGCCAAGUGACGGCGUUGGGAACCACGGACGGGUUCGCCACGCCAGCCACUCCUCCGCCCAGCCGCCCUUCACCAGCCCUCCGCACAUCGGUCGCUUGUCCCUCUCCACCACCUCCCUCAAGCGAGCAUCCGCCGACUCUCCGUGUCUGCUGGCGAAACCACCGAGCAGGGCUGACUCGUCCCCGGUACAACUCGUACAGAAAACAGGGAACUGGAGGCAAAACUACCGUCCGUGCGUGGAGAUGGUGCGAGAGGGCGGCGGAAUGUUUGUCCCCAUCGCUGAGGCAGAGAUCACCGCUACCCAGAAACCCGUCGUGUCGAAACCUUACAACGUGAUCGAGAACAACAACGAUGAUGGAUGGAGGAGGAACUACGUGGAGUGUGUGGAAGGGCGCGCGCUGCUGCUGGGGGACGAAGGAGGAGGAGAUGACGGUGGUGGUGGUGGGUUGUCGCCGACGCGUCAGGAGGUGCAUCUCGUCCCUGCUCGCCUGACGCAUCUCCCGCCGAAGGACGCUGAGCUGCAGAUGUAUUCCUUCGCUCCUUACCGGAAGGGAAGAAAAGGGAGAGGAGAAACGGAAGAAACGAGGAAGAACGCUGCAAUACGGAUAAUCGAGAAGGUGCAGCGGCGGCGAGCGGGUUUGCAGAGACUGAGGGAGGAGUUCCGCCUGGAGAACCUUUACCUCGAGCACAAGGUUCCUCACUUGUUCGUCUCCUCCCAGUGGCAGCAGCAUAACCGGAUGUCAUGCCUGUACCUGGGCUACCGGCUGUUCUGGGCGCUGUACUUCUCCAUGUGGGCGGUGUGGGCGUGGGUGGGUUCCAUGGGCUACGACGCACCGGCGAGCCUCAAGGUCUACUUCCCUACCUACCUCACCAACUGGAGCAUCUGGACAUUGGCGGUGGAUACUUCCCUCCAGGCCGUGAACGUAAUACUGCACCUCAAGAAGAUAGCUGAUGACGGUGACGUGGUGUACCCAUCUAUGACGCGGCUGAUGAAGGUGUCGUGGGUGCUGUCCAACAUCAUGGGCCCUGUGCACUUGUUCGUCGCUCUGGGCUACUGGAUCGUGGUGUUCCCUAACAGGAGCGACGAGUCGCUGAACGAGAUCGGCAUCAAUACUCAUAUCAUGCCCGCCCUUUACAUCCUUCUGGACUUGGCAGUGUCCGCAACCCCACGCCGCCUCGUGCACGUCUACCAGCCCAUCAUCUUUGUCUUCACCUAUGUCUUCUUCAACCUCAUCUACUACCUUUGCGGGGGCCUGGACUACUUGGGUCGCCCUGCUCUGUACCCCUUCAUGGACUGGACACAGCCGGGAAGCACCAUAGGGAUUAUGUUUGUUACCAUUUUUGGUGUCAUCCCCUUCCUGCAUGCUGUGAUCUGCUUACUCUAUGCAUCCAGAAUCAACAUGUGGCGCCGCCUCAAAAUAUCAAGGUAUGCCAGAGAGGAGGAUGAGAUGGACCAGGUGGACGGGGCACAAGAACAGAAGGUCUAAGAUGAAUCGUGGUGGACAAACUGCUUCACUUGUACUGGAUGUGUGAAGGGUAAUUCUUUUGUAUCAGAACUUCAAAACAAUCUGAACUUAUUCCUAAAACAAAACCAAGAUUGUAUAUAUAUAAGCACAAAACAUCACAAUUGUUUCUUCUGGCAGUGAAUUGUUAGUAAUAUUUUUCUUAUUAGCAAUGGGUUGUUGCUAGCCAUCUUUCAAAAUGAUAAUAAUACACCAUGAAAAAUCUAAAAAAAACCUCAAUGUGAAGUUAUUUGAGAUGUUGAGGAUGACAUGCUCAGUUUUCUUGAUGUGAUCAAUACAUGUGCCAUGGGUUGACAGCCCAGCAGCCUUAUGAGAAAGCUAGUAGUAUUACACCCAUACAUUUUGGCUUCCAUAUGCACAACUUUGCUAAACUCCCCAUGGCAAGAAAAGACUAAUGAACAGUUUUCAGUACUCUUACUAUUGAUGUGUGUGUGUAUGUGUGCGGAUGUGCAUAGCUUUCUGGGACAGUCCUGGAGAAGGCCUUAGCUGGGAGGCAGCCACCAGAGUAAAUGCACUAUGAUUCUGAUGUAAAGGAAUUGUAGAUUAUUUACUCUGGCAACCACAUCACCUUAACUAGUCUUAGAUGUUCUCUAGUAGCAAAGCUCUAUGUUGUUUUCCUAAGUAUUGUACAAACAGUGAUACUGGGAAAGCAGCUCUCUGGGGGAGUCAGUAAGUUUGCAUUACAGUGUCUCCUUUUGUAACCAUAGUCUGUGUUAAACAUGUUACCAUCAAAUUGACCAAAGAUUUAUUCAUCAAUCCCUUUGUAGAAUAAGCAUGUACAUACACUUGAUGGGAGUAAAAUGUGUGGCUUGAUAACAAGGAAGUGCUCUUUUGGACUGUGGGAGUUUUUCAUUCUUAUUUGUUGUCAUUUCAUAUCAGGAGAGUUACUUUGUAAAUAUGAGAGAUCUUGAGUCAUUCAUUAUGACUGCCAAAGAAACUCUGCUCCUGAAAUGUACCAUAAGAUUGAGCACCACCACUUUUCGUCUUCAUGAUCCCUUUGGUGAGUGUUUUUUGGAAGAGAACUCAACAUUGCAAGCUAGUGUUUGAGAAGUCCUUCAUAUCUAUCAAUGUUAACAGUUACAUAGGUAAUUAUAGUCUGUUGCUAGAUUUGUUCAUGAUAAUGGACACCAGUUCAUACAGUGGCAUAUGGUGAGGAAAACAUUACAGAUAUGUUGUGGGCCCACAUUAAACAUCCAAGGUAGAUACUUCCUCAUCCUAAAGCUUCAUCUUGACUCAUCUAUCCCUUUCUAUCUGUGUAUCUUUGUCUGUCUAACCACUCUUGUUUUUUUGUCUUUGUCCAAUGUGGUACUUGUCCAUGGAAUCCCUCUCCAGCCACCAUAGAGGCUUCCAUUUAGAUACAUUUGAGCAAUUAAUUUCUGGUCUGAGUAAAGGAAACAGAGUUUCAAAGUUGUCUGGCAGUCUUGAUGAGUGAGAUUUAUUUCCACAACAUUCACUUCAGUUUGUAAUUUUCACAAGAACAUUGUAUUAAUGUUAUUAAUAAGAAAAUAUUUGUUUAAGAUCUGAAAAUUGUACUCUGUUUAGACCCUGUUCUUUGUUGCAAAUAUCUUAACCCACAAUUACCAAAGGUUUCCAUUCAAUUUUCUUCAUAACCAUGUUUUACUCUUUCUUCUCUCCCAUGGUUUGGUAAACAUGCAUGUGUUUUCAUGAAGACAAGUUGCCUUUUCAGGAGAUAAGGAGUGUAUAGAUAACUAAUAGGAUUAUUUUAUAUAAUUUUUCUGUAGUUUAUUUGAUUGGCACAAUACACUAAGUAAAGACUGUAUUUAAUGCAAAGUCUUUCUCUCACUACGAAUAGACUUUGUAUGUAUUAUAAAGUCUGCUUAAAGCUAAAUCAAACUGUGAAGGCUGUUCUUACAGUUGUCAAUUGCAGAGCAACUGUAACAAAAUUUGUAUACUUCUGUACUAACAUUAUAUAUAUAUGUACUGACUACUUGUUAUUUCUUGAGUGAACUUUGCAACACCAAUUUUUUUUUUAUGAAUUGGUGGAUUUUUUUUUUUAGUAUGUUUAUGAGUGACUGACACUAAAGAUGAAACUUGUAAUGAGUCAUCUUUAUACACCUAAUGAUGAUGUUUCAAUAUAUUAUGGUACUUUAUCCAGUGUGUAGUUUUCUGGUUUAAGAUAAACUAUUUAGCACUGAAACUGUCUGUUAUAUCAAAAGUUAGUCAAAAAAUGUUUAUAUGACAUUUGUACAAGUCUUUGUAUAUAUUAUCUGGUCAGUAUUUUUUUUCAAGACAGGUAACUUAAAUGUUGUUUAUAGAAUAUUUGUAUAUAAAUGUUUUCCGAGCA